CGCCUCCUCUCACGGUAGCCGGCCGAAAUGCUCGUUCUUCUCGCCGCUCCUUUGGCGCUGCGCGGCGAUCGGCUCGUCGCGACCCCGCUCGCGCAUGUGCGCCCUCCUCUCCUCGCUCGGAUGGCGACGCCGUUCGGGCCGGACUCACUCGCCGACGCGGCCAUAGCGCAGCCGUCGCUCAGUGAGGCGGAAGGGUGGAGCAUGAGCAGUCUCUUCGGCGGCGGACUGAACAGCGUGGAGAGCGUGCGCCUCGCGGCCGAUGGCGCCUCAGCAGUCGUCCACGACUCAAUGGGAGUCGACCACUCGAUCGCCGUCUUCCCCGACUCGGUUCCGAUGCUCCUCGAUCGCUUCCAGCAGGCGGGAGUGCCCUAUGAGCUCGCUCCGGAGCCUGGCCCGUCUGCAAUCGACAUCGCCUCGCUCGUGCUCAUGCUCUCGCCCUUCCUCGUCCUCCUGCUCGCCCUGCUCGCCCUGAUCGCGCGCGCCGACGCCGGCCUCUUCGACGCGGCGGGUGGCCGGAAGGGGUCUCGCCUCACCCUCGAGCCCGACACGGGCGUUUCCUUCUCCGACGUCGCGGGAUGUGACGGCUCGCGCAGGGAGCUGUCGGAGCUGGUCGACUUUCUCAAGGACCCGGACAAGUUCUCAGCCGUCGGCGCCAGGAUCCCGCGCGGCGCUAUCAUGGAGGGCCCUCCCGGCACCGGCAAGACCCUCCUCGCGCGCGCGGUGGCGGGAGAGGCGGGCGUCCCCUUCGUCUCCGCCUCGGGCUCCGAGUUCGUCGAGAUGUUUGUCGGCGUGGGGGCCGCCAGGGCGCGGCAGCACGCGCCGUGCAUCGUCUUCAUCGACGAGAUCGACGCCGUCGGCAAGACCCGCGACUCGAGCGGCCGGCCGGGCGGAGGGUCCGGUGAGCGUGAGCAGACCCUCAACCAGAUCCUGACCGAGAUGGACGGCUUCGACGGAAACAGCGGCGUCCUCGUCCUCGCGGCGACCAACCGCGCAGACACGCUCGACCCGGCGCUGCUGCGGCCGGGCCGCUUCGACCGGCACAUCCACGUUGGGCUACCAGACGUCGAGGGGCGGCGCGCCAUUCUCGACGUGCACGUCAAGGACAAGCCGAUGCAGACCGCCGUCGACCUCGGCCUCGUGGCGCGCCGAACGAUCGGCUUCUCGGGCGCGUCGCUCGCCAACCUGAUGAACGAGGCGGCGAUCGUCGCCGCGCGCAAAGACAAGACGGAGAUCGGGUACGAGGAGAUCGACUACGCGAUCGACCGCAUCACCGUCGGCAUGCAGAAGCAGUCCCGCGCCUCCUUCCCGGCGCGGCAGCGGCUGGUCGCCUGCCACGAGGCCGGGCACGCGGUGAUGGGCGCGCUGACGCCGGACUACGACGCCGUCACAAAGGUGACCAUCGUGCCGCGCAGCAGCGGCGCCGGCGGCUUCACGCUCUUCACGCCGAGCGACGAGGCGCUCGAGACGGCGAUGUACACGCUGGCGCACCUCAAGGCGCGACUCGCCGUCGCGCUCGGCGGGCGCGUGGCGGAGGAGGUUGUGUACGGAGAGGACGAGGUGACGACGGGCGCGCGCAGCGACUUGCAGCGCGUCCGCGCGCUCGCACGGCAGAUGGUCGCGCAGUGGGGCUUCGCUGCCGCCGCCUUGGGGGGCGGUCCGGUGGCGUGGGAGACGGAGGAGGGCAACGGACUACUCGCCCCGCGGACGGCGUCACCUGCGAUGGAGGCUCGGAUCGACGCUGCGGUGCGGCGGCUGGUCGACGAGGCGUACGAGCACUGCCACGCCACACUCACGCGCAACCGCGCGCUCCUCGACGCGGUGACCGACAGCCUGGUGGAGAAGGAGACGCUCGGCGCAGACGAAAUCGAGGCUCUGCGGGUGGGACACGCUGUCGCUGCCGACGCGGGCGGCGCCGCUGGCCGCGCCAACGGACAGCGGGCGGACCGCAUGCCGGCGCCGGCGCCGUGGCCGCAGCCGCGCCGGCGCAAGCCAGUGCGCGUCCGGUCCGAGGGAGGAGGGCCGGCGCCGGGCGCCGAGUAUGGCAUCUAGCGGCGUUUGGCAAGGGAUGGGCGGGUGUAUCCUCCUGUGGUCGAGUCCUGUACCCUGUCGCACGCGCCAAGCGCCCGGUUGCUUCCCCAGUCAGCGCCCGUCCUGGGACCUGGCUCGCAGCCGUAGUGUACGCAGAGCUGGAUUGUUUGUGUGUAGAGUGUUGACGCCGUUGCUAGCUGCAUCGAAAGUGCCUACAACG